UCAUUCAUUAUUCUGUUGUGCAUAGUCCGGGCUUCUACAGCCAACAAUAGAGCCGAUUCUUCGAAGAUACGCUGCGACAUCGUAAAGCUGGAGCGAUUUUCUUUUGAAUUUCGUGUAUCGGAAUCCAGCGUGGAACUAGAAUUACGGAUCGUUCCGAGUGAGAACCUCCGCGAUGUCUGGAACAAUAUUGGAGAAUCUCAGUGGUAGAAAAUUGAGCAUUCUCGUGUCAUGCCUGCUGUUUUUGCAGUUUCUCUGCUUCCUGUUGGGUGGUCUGAUAGCUCCCGUCCCAGCUAGCGUACAAACGAUUCUCGGAACCAUUUGCAAGGAUGUUCCCGGCUCGCACAAUGACACAAGCAUCUGGCUGUACUCGCGUGGUGAAGAGCACUGCCAAAGUUUGGAUCAUCUGGAUAUUAACAAUCACGAUCUGAAGAUGGCAAACCAGAUUGUGUUUGUUUUUCAAAUGCCUCUUCCCCGAGAAGGUCGUCAGUUGGAUUAUUCUCGCUGGCAGCAGAAUCUGAUUGGCGUCCUGCAAACGGACAUCGCAUACGAUGCGAACAUUCUACUCAAACCACAUGCUAAAAUGACCAUCGACGCACGUUUGGCCUAUCGAAAUAAAGGUGAUCCGGAUCAGAACUGGAAGUAUCUUGCGUCGUCUGUGGAAACGCGAGAUUUGGACUGUGCGGCGGACAAUGUCACCGAUGAAUAUUUAUACAAUUGUAACGCAAUUCCGCUGUUUGAGCUAGGCUCACUUCAUCACGACUAUUAUCUAUUGAACAUAAGAUUGCCGGUAGACAGUGAUUUGAAGAUGAAUCUCGACAUUGGACAUAUUCAGGAUGUACACCUUUCAGUUAUCUAUCAAAAUGGAGGUUUCACCAAAGUAUGGGUGUCGCUGAAAACCGUCUUCCUUCCAUUUAUCAUCAUUAUCAUGGCCUGGUUCUGGCAGCGCGUUCAUUUACUCCAGCGCAAACCAGCGCUCUUGGAGUACAUGCUGCUGGCUCUGGGUACGGCCCUAACAGUCCUUAAUCUUCCAUUGGAAUAUCUCACGCUGGCAUUCGACAUGCCUUUUAUGUUACUACUGAGUGAUAUGCGACAGGGAAUAUUUUACGCGUGUCUACUCUCAUUUUGGUUGGUAUUUGCUGGAGAACAUAUGUUAAUUCAGGAAACCGGAGAAAAAUCUUCAUUCAAAUCGUACUGGAGGCAUCUCAGUGCAGUGGCCGUCGGAUGUGUGUCCUUGUUUCUUUUUGACAUAUGCGAGCGGGGAGUGCAGCUCCGGAAUCCGUUCUAUUCAAUCUGGGUAUCACGAGUUGGAUCUAAAGUUGCUCUUGGAUUUAUCAUCUUAGCAGGUAUUUCGGCAGGCUUGUAUUUCUUCUUCCUGUGCUACAUGGUUUGGAAGGUGUUCUGCAAUAUCAAUAUCAAACGAACUUCGCUGCCAUCGAUGUCCUCCGCGCGUCGUUUGCACUACGAGGGAAUAAUCUACCGCUUUCAGUUUCUAAUGUUGGCCACGCUGCUGUGUGCUGCAUUAACCGUAAUUGGGUUUAUCAUCGGGCAGGUAUCUGAAGGUCGAUGGAAAUGGGAUGAAAACAUUGAUCUAGAAUUUACCUCGGCUUUCUUCACCGGUGUGUACGGAAUGUGGAACAUAUACAUCUUUGCUCUGGUCGUUUUGUACUCUCCUAGUCAUAAGAAGUGGCCAGCCAAUGAGACCACCGAAAACAUAAUCAGCGAAGAAAUCGAGUUUAGCAAUCUGCCUUCCGACUCGAACCCGAGUGAAAUAUCUUCCCUAACACAAUUCGCCCGAAAGGCAGCUUUGGACUAGACAACUCGAAUCAAUUCAUUGCAUCUAGUGCUGAUAGGUUUUACUUUGUCUUUCUGUUUUUUCACAUUACGAAAGUCGUAGAAAAGAAAGUAUCGCGUGCCAAUAAAAGUGAAAAUAUGAUUUACACAUUGUUCGACUAGAAAUAGUCGUAUUUGAUGUUUGUGUCGCUUCCUAAUGAAAACAGGCGAACAUGAUUAACGCACAUAUUACAAAAAUUAUGUAAACAUUUCAGUAUUAGUCGGUGUCAUAAUUAGAUUUUGUAAAGCGCAUGCAUUUACUGGCGUUUGUAGUACCUUUUAUAAAAACAGUAGAAGUAAUAACUUAUGGAACUAUUUUAGCCAACACGUAAUAAAACAAGCAUUUUUAUGGAAACAA